CUGAAGGAAGAAGAAGAAGUAGAGAUGAAGGAAGAUGAGGAAGUAGAGGAGAUGGAGGAAAAGGAGGGAGUAGAGGAGAUAAAGGAGGAGUAUGAAGAAGAAGAGGAUAUGAUAGAGGAGGAAGAAGAAGAGGAGACGAAGGAAGAUAAGGAAGUAGAGAUACAGGAGGAAGUGGAAGAAGAAGAGAAUAUGAUAGGGGAGGAAUAA